AUGAGAGAAGGGGGGGUAACAGCAGAGACAGACGCAAAUCGGGGGGCCCCAUGCCGCAUGCUGCUAGCAGCUCAGCAUCGUCGCUGCCGCUGUAUACUUGGCUAUAAGAAAACAGAGGCGGCAGCGGCGUGUGCUUGCCGUGCUUCCUGCGCAGCAGCAGCAGCAGCAGCAGCAGCAGCAGCAGCAGCAGCAGCAGUAGCAGCAGCAGCAGCAGCAGCAGUAGUAGUAGCAGUAGAAGUUGCAGCAGCAGUAGCAGCAGCGGUAGCAGCAGCAGCAGCAGGAGCAGCAGCAGUAGCAGCAGUAGCAGUAGUAGUAGUAGUAGCAGCAGGAGCAGCAGCAGCAGCAGAAGCAGCAGCACCAGCACCAAUAGCAGCAGCAGCAACAGCAGCAGCAGCAGCAGCAGCAACAGCAGCAGCAGCAGCAGAAAAUUUAAAAGAUGAGAGAAGGGGGGGUAACAGCAGAGACAGACGCAAAGGAGAUAUAUUUUAUAUAAAAUAUAAAAUACAUAAAAAGAUAUAUUUUAUAUAA